AUGCGCGAGAGCGGCUCCUGCGAGGAGGGCGUGCCCGGCCAGCCCAGACAUCGGAAAGCUGCGGGUCCAGGGGGGGAGGACAACCAGGACAAGAAGGAGAUUCCUAUAAGGCAGGAGAGCGAGGACUUCGUGCCGGAGCUCCUGACGCCGGUCCCGAGGCGCAGCCGGAGUCUCUUCGGCUGGCGCCGGCGAGAGGCGGCUCAAGCGCAGGAGGAGCAGCCAGGAACACCCAGGAGGCGAUCGAAGACGCCUGGCACCAUGACGACGCUCCGCGAGGAGAGCGAGGGGGAACGCCGAGGCCGUGAGGGCACCGCGCAGGAGGAGCGGGGGCGGAGCUACCUGCCGUGGCGGGGCCCCGUGCGCCGCGAAAACUCUGCGGAAGGCUUAGAGGAGGGCCCAGCAAGACGCGAAGGCCGUCCCAAGGACAAGGAUGCGAGUAUCCUUCCCGCCUUCUUGCGACGAGCAACCAGCAAGGAUAACAGGAGCCGCACGCAGCGCACCGCGCCGCAUGCGGGGGACUCGCCGGCGACAGACGGCUUGGCUGCUUCGCCAAUGAGCGAGGCUCAAGGCAGCGGCGUGUGCAGCCCCUCAGAGGAUGCCAGCACAAAGACUGCCUCCUCGAGUAUGCCCUUCACUUUCUUCCGUGCGCCCUGGAGCGGCAAGCGGGAGUCCAGCGUUCCCAGCCGCUCCGAGCCGGGCGGUGAGCGCGAAGGCGAAAUCACGCCUGUCGUGCUGCCUGGGACGGCGGAGGGGGACGCCAGGGAUCCCGUGUCGCCGCAGCAGUCGGACGCCGUGCACGAGGACAUCCAGGAGGAGACGGAGGUGGACGAGGAUAAGCUGACAGACGAGGAGAAGGCGGCGCUCACUUGGGAGCGCUACCGGGCGCAGAACCGGAGCCUUGUGGGGGACGUCUUCGAGGGCCAGCUGCGGAGUCAGCUCCGCUGCAGCUGCGGGCACAACUCCUCCACCUUCGAGCCCUUCCGCUAUCUGAGCGUGCCAAUCCCCGCCAACCACUCGGACUCCUUUGAGCUCAAGGUGGUCUUCUUCCCCGCGCUGUCCUCGGAGCGGCCGGCGCUCUCGCGCUUCUCCGUGUCGGUGCCCAAGUCCAGCAGUGCCAAACGCCUCCAGCUGAGCCUAGCCCGGCGGCUGCCUGUUUCACUGUCCGCAGUGCUCCUUGCGGAGGUCUACCGCAGUCGCAUUCACAGGUAUUUGGAUCCGAACCUGCCCCUGUCCGACGUGCGCGCCGAGGAUCAACUUUUCGCCUUUGAGGUGCCACAGAAUACCCAGGACCUUUGCGAUUAUCAGCAGAGGCUCUUGUCGGACAAGACCCUGCUGGAGGAGCAACUGGCUUGA